AUGGCUCGCAACAAUCUGCUAUACGACACCAUGUAUACUUCUAUGGAUCACGAUCACGACGAUCUCGACGAUGUAUUGCUCGACGACAACGUCGGCGUAUUUCCUGCGGAGGACGAAUUACUCGACGACAACUUCGACUUUGCUAUGGACGAUGAUGUGAUUGAAGAUCUGGAGUCGUUAUUAAUGGCGGUUGAACAUGACUAUUUUCCGGAUCCGUUGCUGCGGACCGAUCUCGCGAUGUGGUUUAUGGGAACAACAUCAGUUCACGAUCAUCUGUUGGAGGACGCUUCAUUCGAUUGCGGUUCUGUUUACGGGAUUGAUAUUGAUCAUGAUCAUGAAGAUGAUCAGACAGAGUUGAACAGAGCAAUUGGACAGAGUUUUUCGGAGUCAUCCAAGGCGUUUGGAUCAGUGUCGGCGGCUAAAUCGGCGGUGGAGGUUCUGGAGAAGUUCAAAUACGAGAAAAACAAUGAAUCAGAGCAGAUGACAUGCGUGAUUUGCGUGGAAGAGUUGAUGAAUGGGUCCCACCUCACUUGUAUGCCUUGCUCCCAUGCUUUUCAUAGUGAUUGUCUUUCGCAGUGGUUAAAUGAGAAUCAUCAACGGCGGAGUCAGGAUUUUAUUUUAAGGGAGGCAUAA